AUGGAGCAACCACAAGCAAUGGAAAAGGUUGAGUCUGUCGACGUUACAGAGGCAAACGCAGUUGCUGCUGGAACCAACAAACUCACCAAGAGAAUUGUAGCUGCUGGUCUGGGAGGUAAGUUGAUGGGUACCAAGUCAAUGGUCGACGUCACAGCCGAUCAACUGGCUAAGGACUCUAUCAACGAGCUUUUGGCCAGAGACAAGGCUUUGAAGGAGAAGUACGAGAAGCAGAAACAUAUCAGUGAACAACCAUGGACUAAGGACAAUUGGCACCAACACAUAAAUUGGUUGAACAUGAUCUUGGUUUGCGGUUUGCCCCUGUUUGGAGCUAUUGCAACGUAUUACAAACCACCUACCAAGGAGACCGUUAUACUGGGAGUUGUUUUGUACAUUCUCGGUGGUCUGUCAAUUACAGCUGGUUACCACAGACUGUGGUCUCAUAGAGCCUAUUCGGCUAGAACUCCGUUAAAGGUUUUAUUUGCCCUCUUUGGAGCCGGAGCUGUGGAGGGUUCCAUCAAAUGGUGGUCUCACUCUCACAGAGUUCAUCACAGAUACACAGACACUCAUAGGGACCCAUAUGAUGCCAGAAAGGGAUUCUGGUACUCCCACAUGGGUUGGAUGUUAACCAAGCCAAACCCAAGAUACAAGGCAAGAGCCGAUAUCUCAGACCUCGCUGAUGACUGGAUUGUCAGAUUUCAACACAGACACUACCUGUUAAUUAUGACUUUCAUGGCCCUUAUUUUGCCCACUAUUAUUGCCAAGUAUUUCUGGGACGACGCAUGGGGUGGAUUUAUCUACGGUGGUAUCUUCAAAGUUUUCGUCAUUCAACAAGCCACUUUCUGUGUUAACUCUCUUGCUCACUGGAUUGGUGUUCAACCGUUCGAUGACAGGAGGACACCAAGAGAUCACUUUUUGACUGCUAUCGUCACCUUCGGUGAGGGAUACCACAACUUCCACCACGAGUUCCCAUCAGAUUACAGAAACGCUCUGAAGUGGUACCAAUACGAUCCAACAAAGAUUGUCAUUUACUUAUCAUCUAAGGUUGGAUUGUCUUACAAUUUGAAGACUUUUUCUGACAAUGCCAUCAAACAGGGUUUGGUGCAACAACAGCAGAAGAAGCUGGACUCCAUGAGGGCUCAUCUUAACUGGGGUACUCCAUUACAAGACUUGCCAGUCUGGGAUAAGUCUGAGUUCUUCGAGAAGUCUAAAGAUAAGAAAGGUUUGGUCAUUAUUUCUGGUAUUGUUCAUAACGUUGAGAAUUUCAUUGGUGAACAUCCAGGUGGAGAGAAACUUGUCAAGGGUGCCCUGGGCAAGGAUGCUACUACUGCUUUCAAUGGAGGUGUUUAUGCGCACUCCAAUGCGGCCCACAACUUAUUAGCCACUAUGAGAGUGGCUGUCAUAAGGGAUGGUAACGCCAAUGCAAACACUUUCUCCUUGCAGAACGAGUUUUUGGACAAGAAAGCCGCCGCUGCAGCUGCUUCAAAUUAA